AAAUCCAUCUCACGAUGGCAUAGUAUUUAUGUUGAAAUAGCUAGAAAAAUGAUCAUGGUCUCGUUGUGAACUUCCUUUUCCCUGCAAUCCGCCAUCAUGCCACAGGCUGUGAAGAGAGCUGGUAAGCCCGCUAGUGGUAAGGGCAAGAAGAAGAAGACAAGCCUCAAAUACAACAUUGAUUGCACAGUACCCGUGGAAGAUGGUAUCAUGGACGUUGCAAGCUUUGAGAAAUUCUUGCAUGAGAGAAUCAAGGUUGGAGGAAAGACCAACAACUUUGGAAACAAUGUGAACUUGGACCGUGACAAGAAUAAGAUCAUCCUCAAUGCUGACAUCGCUUUUUCUAAGAGGUACCUGAAAUACCUGACGAAGAAGUACCUGAAGAAGAACAACCUCCGUGAUUGGUUGAGAGUGGUGGCCAAUAACAAGGAGAGUUACGAACUUCGAUACUUCCAGAUCAACAACGAGGAUGAGGAGGAAGAUGAUGGUGACGAGUAAUAAUAAGUUUUACAUUAAAGUUGCUCAUCAGUCA